UUGUAUUAAUUUCAUAUACUUUCAGAAUUCUGAAUAUGACUUUUAACAUUCAGGCACGGUGGUGGUGGUGUGAUGGUCUGGGGCUUCUGUUUAAAACAGUCUAAUGUAGCUGAAUGUCUAUCAUUACUUUUUCACACAGAGCGUUUGCAUUACUAAUCUUUUUUUUAUUAUGUUAUCAUUUAAAAACUGAUUUCUUUGCUUUCUCACCUUUUCUUUCUAAUUUUGAAAUUAGACUUGAAACAUUUAAAGCGAACUACCGAAAGCCUGGGAAUAUCUAAACAAAGAUAAAAUAACGGAAGAAUUAAUCUAGUAAAUAUUCUCAGAAUAAACACAUCAAGAUGCAGAAAAGAUUUAAGUCUGAAGAAGAAAAAUGUUUUUGAUUUUUUUUCGUGUCCAAGCUGAGCUGAAGGAGGCGGUGCGGACUUGGCCUCACACCGACCCGCUCAGCUGGGCUCAGAGGACCACCGCCGUCACGCUGCUGAAUCGUCUCGAUCAAAGCCUGGAGAAGGCGGUCGCCGCUCUCAAGCUGAAUGACCCCAAAUAUUACAGAGAGUUCGAGCCUCUGCUGACUUGGACGUUUUGGACGAUUCCUCAGGAGUGGCGCACCACUGAUCCCAGCCUGGUUUACCCGUCCACCCUGACAUCCGAGUGCUAUGAUGAGCAGCUCAGCGACAAGUGCCUGACUCUGCUGCUGGGGACCUGGAAGAUGAACGGGACGCCCUGCAUCGUCACCAAACCCUGCCGGGACACCAUGACUCGUUUCGGUUGUCCGUGUUACUCUCUGUCCCACCAGCUGCUCUACUUUAUGAUCGGCCGAAUGGUAAUCCUAAUUUGUGGAUUAGCUGGAUUCUCUGAUUUCCACAAAACCGACUGGCUGCAGCACAUUCUCAGGCUGCAAGACGAUGAAGUCGGCUGUUUCGGGAGGGACAAGAGCUUCAUCUCGCAGAUUAUAGGAGAUGAGCUGCUGGAGCAGCUUCAGCCUCACAGGAGAGUCAAACGGAGGGAGAAGAUACUUCCAGACGGCUGCUCCAGCCACAUGACGGCGGUGGCGGUCGGCGCUCUGGGAGGAUACCUGAACUUUCACCUGACAGAGCAGGACAUCACCAAGAGGCCGCUGUCCUGAACUGAUCUCUGUUCAUUUUUUAAAAAAAUGCUGCGAAGUUUGUCUUU